CGAGGGCUCCUGCUGGCACUGCACUCCCAGCUGCUGCGCAGCUAGCCAGCCCAGGCCCUGCCGCCCUCCUUCGGGCCGUGCAGCCAUGCACUGGGCGCCUUGACCCCACGGAAGCCCAUGGGGAGCCCCAGACUGGCAGCCCUGCUCCUGCCUCUUCUCCAGCUGCUCACUGGCCUGUCUGCCUCUGCUGGGAUUGGCUGCCCCUUCCUUCCCCGCUGGAGCACCCGCUGUCUACUGGCCUCUUGCAUGGAUGGCAGUUUCACUGGAAGGUCUGCCCAGAUUCCUCACCAUACCCAGCCGGCCCCUCCCCUCUCCCCAAAGCCUUGGUGUGCUUGCUGCUGCCACCGUCCCCACUGCUGGUGCUUGCAUCUGGUGUCAGGUCCCUUGGAUCUUCAAUGGGGUUGGCUCCACCUCCCAGUGCAGAAAUCCGAAAAGUCUUACAAGUUCUGGUUCUGUAGGAGACACAGGAUGCCAGUGUCUGCUCAGAUGAAAUUGCUGAGUAGCUGCUGCCUGUCUGAGAAGGGCCAUCACAACUCCAGCCUCUCCCCAGAUACCUCCCACAAGGGGCUGCGCUCCAAAAGAACCCAGCCAGUGGAUCCAGAGGCAGGGGAAGAUCUCUCCAGAUCCGGCUCACAAAAGCUUGGAGGACCUGAGUUCUCCUUUGACUUGCUGCCUGAGACAAGGGCUAUUCAAGUGACCAUUCCUCCAGGCCCAGAGGUCAGUGUGCGUCUUUGCCACCAGUGGGCACUGGAGUGUGAGGACCUGAGCAAUCCCUUUGAUGCCCAGAAAAUUGUGCCUGGGAGCCGCACUGUAGACCUGCCUUAUGAAUUCCUUCUGCCCUGUCUGUGCAUCGAGGCAUCCUACCUGCAAGAGGACACCGUGAGGCGCAAAAAAUGUCCCUUCCAGGGCCAGCCUGAAGCCUAUGGCUCAGACUUCUGGGAGUCAAUGAACUUCACUGACCACAGCCAGCACAAUCAGAUGGUAAUGGCCGUGACACUCCGCUGUCCACUGAAGCUGGAGGCCUCCCUGUGCCAGAGGAGGGGCUGGCCCCCCCUCUGCGAAGACCUCCCCAAUGCCGUGGCUCGAGAGUCAGAGGGGUGGUACAUCUUGGAAAAAGUGGACUUGCAUCCCCAGCUCUGCUUCAAGUUCUCUUUUAGAAACAGCAGCCACGUUGAAUGCCCCCACCGGAUAUUCGCAGCUCCAUCCUGGAAUGUGAGCAUGGAUACCCAGGCCCAGCAGGUGGUCCUUCACUUCUCUUCAAGGACGCAUGUCACCUUCAGUGCUGCCUGGAACUACCCAGGCUUGGGGCAGGACAGUGUGGUGCCCCCCGUGUACAGCGUCAGCCAGACUCGGGGCUCAACCCCAGUGACCCUAGACCUCAUCGUUCCUUUCCUGAGGCCAGGAGGCUGUGUCCUGGUGUGGAGGUCAGAUGUCCAGUUUGCCUGGAAGCGCCUCUUGUGUCCAGAUGUCUCUCACAGACGCCUGGGGCUCCUGAUCCUGGCACUGCUGGCCUUCACCACCCUGCUGGGAGUUGUUUUGAUUCUCACGUGCCGGCGCCCACUGUCAGGCCCGGGCCGAGCGCCGCCGGUGCUCCUGCUGCACGUGGCGGAGUCUGAGGCGCAGCGGCGCCUGGUGGGAGCACUUGCUGAACUGUUGCGAGCCGCGCUGGGCGGUGGGCGCGACGUGAUCGUGGACCUUUGGGAGGGCACGCGGGUGGCGCGCGUCGGCCCCCUGCCGUGGCUCUGGGAGGCUCGGGCGCGUGUGGCGCGGGAGCGGGGCACUGUGGUACUUCUGUGGAGCAGCGCCGGCCCCAGCCCCACCGGCGGCCCGGAUCCUCGCGCUGCGCCCCUGCGCGCCCUGCUUCACGCCGUUCCGCGCCCGCUGCUGCUGCUGGUUUACUUUGGUCGUCUCUGCGCCAAGGGCGACAUUCCCCCGCCCCUGCGCGCCCUGCCCCGCUACCGCCUGCUGCACGACCUGCCGCGCCUGCUGCGCGCCCUGGACGCUCGGGCUUCUACUGAAGCCGCCACCCGGGGCUGCUUCGUCGCCCGGCCGCGCCUCCGGGGUCGCGUGGAGCUGUGCCGCAGGCUGGAACUGGAGGCCGCCAAACUUGCCGACCACGGCUGAACAGAGCUCAGCGCAGUCAGGAUGUCUGUGACUGCAGGCCUAGGGCCACUGGCUGGAACCCCCUCACUCAGCGUCCCCGCCCACUCCCCGCGUUCCCCCAGUGCCCAGCCUCUUCCUCCUGCUCAUGCUUCCUCAGAACCCUCAGGGAGAGUCUCUCUUUACCAAGGACGCCCUUGACCUCUGUCCUGUGGUGGGUGGGGAUCAUCACACUUCCUCUUUCCAAAAGUUCCAGAGAAUAGUGCACGUAGGCUCCAGUCCACACGGAGAGCUUAGGGCUUGGGGAGGCAGGAGAGAUGGCAGUUCUGACUGGGAGGCGCCUCCAGACGGAGUGGGGGGCGGAGGGGGCAGGGGGAGAGGGCAGAACACCCCUUUGGGGCUAAGGAUCCACCUUUUUCAGAAGGGGGCCCUGCCCACAGUUGGAGGGAGGGAGGGCUCUGGAUCCAGGGAAAGUCUUUGACCCUGGGUAGCGGGGGCAGAGGUGGGACAGUGGAGACUGAGAGAAAGAUGAAUAAAAGAAAACAUGAUGGGUAAGCUAAGAAACACAAGGUGCCUCUUCAGUGUGCCCAGGGUGCUGAGCUGGGGGAAGGAUCAGCAUUACCCUACCCAGGGGUGGUUAUACAUCAUUCUGUGGGCCCAGAUCCUCUGUGCCCACAUCCAUAUCCACAUUUGUCAUGUUCUCACAAGCAGUGCCACUGAAAAGGCAAAGAGGGAUCUGGAGAUCUUGAUCCUCACUGUGAUUCUUCAGAGAGAAAAAAGAAAAACAGGUGGUGUGGGUCCAUGGUCACGAAGCUAGCCUGUGGCAACAGCGCAAUUAGGACCCUGUCUUCCUGCCGCUGGGUCCUGGGUUCCUCCCCCCGACGCCACACUUCAGCAUAAGCCAAGCAGUGAUGAGAAGCCCACUUUCUCGUGCCUUUAGUGCUCCUGUCCCACAGUGAGGCCCAAGGAGAAUGUGGGAAGGGACCCGGAGUCCCAGAGUCAUAUGGGAAGUGAAAAUGACCCAGGAUUGCCCAGAAUCCUCCUCCUUAGGGACUCCCAGAGUGAGUAAGAGCUCCCUUACUCACCCAUUAGGCCACCACCCUCUCCAGGGGCCCCUCCCAGCCAGGUGUCCGCAGAGAAGGAGGAGGAGGAGGGGAAGAGGAGGAGGGACUGAGCCACCACUCCAAUCCAGGGCUGCUGGCUCCCAAGUCUGGUG